CAAUCGUCGGACCGCGAGUGAUAACGACGCUGCCGAAUGCGUGCGUCCGCGUCUCUGGCCAAGUCCACCACCGGUGGUCCACACGGUUCUCCGCAAGGCAUUCCGCACGUUCCGUUGUCUCUUAUACGAUACCGAGUUGCCUCGUGUUUUCCCUGUCCGUCCAUGCACGCGAGAAAUGAACUCGUGCGAUACUGUUUGCGAAAAUAGGUGUGUUAAACAUGUUGAAAAGCACGUUCCUUCCUUUUAACACGAUCGCUGUGUCUAAACUCCUUUUCUCGAUGUCUAUCUGAUUUUUUCCUUCGAUCGAUCUCGCGUGCUUACCUUUUCGUCUUGGACUUGGAGAAAACGUUGCUCUUUCAAGCUCAUGUUGUUGUGUCCGCGAUCAGUGUUCGUGAUUCUGAAAGACGAUAAAGUUUACUUCUCGCGAGUUCGGCAUACUUUCUACAUCGUUCCUUGACUUUCGGAAGUGUUCGCGGACAUUUGUCCAUCCUUUGAAAAGAGCUGGAUUCGACAGUGCUGGAUAAGAUAACGCGCGGAACCCCGCAUUGACGGGGCACUUUGGUGAUGUACGACAGCGCUAGCUGUUCGUACGCAGGUGCGCUCGAAUUAAAAGGAACCGGGAGUGGAGCUGCGGCCGGGGCCGGGGUCGGGGUUGGGUCCGGAUCCGGGAGCGGAACCGGAGUCGGGGCCGGAGCCACGACCGCGGCCGCGGCCGCUGCUUCUGCGGUGGUUGCGGGUGUUACUGCGACCGGUGUCAAACAAGAAAAUUGGCCGUAUCGUGGACUCACCUGCGACAGCACCUUUCAACGACUUAAGGAGAGUGUCAAGCAGGCUAAACAGGCUCUAGCCGAUCGUGCUGGUUAUCUUCCUGGAGCUUUCUCACCUCCUCCGCGUGCCAACCCGUCCGCCAUUUCGCCGACCGCCUCCAUCACCGAUGCAAGUAGUUCGUACAAAGGAGGCUGGAGUCACGCGACAUCGCCGGCUCCUGGCCAGGGGUACGGAAGCAGCCUAUCAAAGUCGGCGUUGGACACUCACAGCCACCUCAGGCAGCCUGACCCCUACCAAAUGUUUAGCGCGACAAGUAGUCGCUUGGCGAGUUCAGGAUCCGGUCAAAUUCAGCUCUGGCAGUUCCUACUCGAACUUCUAUCCGACUCAAGCAAUGCCGCAUGCAUUACGUGGGAAGGAACCAACGGUGAAUUCAAGUUGACCGAUCCAGAUGAAGUGGCAAGACGUUGGGGCGAGAGAAAGUCGAAACCGAACAUGAAUUAUGACAAAUUGUCGAGAGCCUUAAGGUACUACUAUGAUAAGAACAUCAUGACGAAGGUCCACGGGAAGAGGUACGCGUACAAGUUCGACUUUCAAGGUCUAGCAGCAGCUACGCAACCAGCUGCGGCUGAUCCCGCGGCAUACAAAUACCAAAGUGAGCUCUUCAUGUCUGGUUAUGGUCAUGCAAAGUUAAACUUGAUGCCACCACCAGCAGCAUCAGUUUCCGUUUCGGUACCAGGUGGUCUUUUCCAAUCAGCAUCCAGCUAUUGGUCGACGACACCAAGUGCGAAUCUUUACGCUGGUCACCACACGGCAUCGGGACACGUGCCGCCACAUCUUGGCACCUACCCCCAUUACGCAUGACCUUCUGCCGAACAUUGGGGCACUCUUGGUACGCCGCGUUAAUGAUACCAUCUAAUCGUAACUGAGAAAAUCUCUUUCGGGACAAAAACGUCUAAUAACUCGGGAAAAAAGCGUCUUGAUACGCACUUAUCACGUCCAAAAUAGAAUAACGGGACGUGUGUUAAAACAGCAUCGUGCACCGUCGCACCCUACUCAAUUAACUCCCUUCAACAAAUCCAUAAAUCACCUUACUCUUUUUUACCUAUCGAAUUAAUGAUUUUUAUCCACUAUUACGUAUACUACCGUCCACAAGAUAUUUUUCUUUUUUUAAUAUUUAAUUUAUUCAAAAAUAGUAUAAAAUCUAUUCUUUAAAUAUAUUUAAUAUUUUAAUGAUUAUUAUUAUUAUUUUAUUAUUACAAAAUUUGCAUUUGUCUUUACUUAACGUGUUAAUGAGAUUUUUUUCUUUUUUUUUUUUUUUAAUAAAUGAAACAACAUUUACAAUUGUAUACAACAGAUACAGGAAACGAUUGCUAACUUACAAACGGUAGUCUACGCAAUAGUACGAGUCAACGGGAGAUUCAUCGCCAAUUAUUCAAACUCGUACCAAAAUCAAACUCAAAAUCCUUUUUCCUACCGACGUUCCGCGAUUCUUCGAUACAGGAUUAAGAAGCAAAUACGUGAAUUCUUGUUCUCGUCUAGUGACAAUGAAAACAUGAACAACUUGGGAUGAACAAUUCCCGUCGGACAAUUUCGCGAAACUUUCGUGGUCGACGGUGCGCUCGGAUUCUUGUAAGAUCAUUGUAAAUAAAGUAUAUUGCAUUAUGAGAACGAUCGAGAAGUUUAUAUGACGAUUCUCUUAAAUCACGAUUUAUCCUUACAUGUUUUUCAGAGCAUUUACGAAUAGAUAAUUUUUUUGAUUUUUUUUUUCUCCUUUUCUUUCUCUCCUUUUUUUUUGAUGAUUGAUAGAAACAAAUGAAAGAUAAUUAUUCUGAUAAUAUCGAGAUGUUAUCGAAAUAUUAACGAACGAAUAACGAUGUCAUUUCCGUAAAUUAACACGAUUGAAAGCAAUCAUGUAACGAUAAAUCGUACGAUCGGAGUUGGUCUAUCUAAACGUCGAUUCGUCUAUUGAUAAGGAACCAGCGUGAUUCCAUCAGCGAAAUGUUGAAUUUUGCGGCCUAAUCGAAUCGGUUAUGAAGAGACAUCAGACAGUUUAAAAAGCAACAUUCAAAAACGUGAAUAUUCAAAAAAAUAGUUCCCAUUAGAAGUGUCAUCAAUCAAUUGCAUCUAUUUAUCACAGACAAUUUUAAAAUGGUAGAGAUACACGAUUUGAAAAAGCUAAUUCAUACGUUCUAAAACAAAUACCAUGACACUUUUUAUUGGCAAAAUACGUAACCGAUCGUCGAUUUAGGUUAAAAGCAAUGCGUGUAUUAUAAACUCUUUUAACUUAUUUGUUAUAUAAUAAUAAUAAUAAUAAUAAUAAUAAUAAUAAUAAUAUUAAUAUUAAUAAUAAUAAUAAUAAUAAUAAUAAUAAUAAUAAUAAUAAUAAUAAUAAUAAUAGUAAUAAUGAUAAUGCUAAUGAUAAUGGUAUAGAUAGAGACGCCUCGUCGUGUCGUUUAACGACAGGUAAUAGCAAAUAUAUGCUUCUUGAUACUGUGGCAUACAGUGGCAAAGAAGUGUCAGUUCGAACGCGACAAAUGAAAAUAAAAAAAAAAAAAUUAAUAAUACUGAUAAUGAUGAUGAUGAUAAUGAAAUCAAAAAAAAAACACCACGCAGCGAGUUAACAUCGAUUCUCUCUCAUCUGAACUUACAAUAUUAUUACAUUAUACGUACGUACAUACCGAUACGUACUACAUACCUAUAUGCAAAGGUAAAAGAAAAAAAGAGAAAGAGAUCCAUGAUUUCUUAACGCGAUAUUUAUUUUCCAUGAUCGAUUAGUAGUCCUCCUAGUCAGACGGACGUGAACGAAUGAACAGAGAGAUAUUCGACACAGAGAGUAAUAAAUAUUUUCUAUGAAACGAUGUUUUUCAAUAAAUAAUCCUUCAAUACGUGUGUGGCUACUCUAUCUAUGCAAACAACAAUCGAGGAAAUAGCUCGGUGAGAGGCCAAGGAUGAUUAUUAGUUAGCCCUCGUCGAAGAACGCCGAACGCCGAAAAUUCGAAAAAGAGAAACUCCCUCUCACCCUCUUUCCUCAACCAAGUUCAUUCUAUCCCUCCUCUUCCCCCAUCGAGUUCCCUCUUUUCUUCACUAAAAUCCAAGAUAAUCUUUUAUUGUAUGUUAUAUUAACCCCAUUUUCAUCCUAAACAAUGUACCUCUGUCAUAAAAGCGUAACUCCCGAAGUCGUAUGCUGUACAAUAUACCAUCCGUAAGAAAAAGAAAAAGAAAAAGAAAAAAAGAAGUAAGCAAUUUAUAGAAUUACUUUUAACGAUCAAAAAUGCUGCUCCGUACGAUCCAUAGAAUCGCUUUAUAUGUAUAUGUAUGUAUGUAUAGGGUGAUAUAAUCGACAAGACGAAAAAAAAAAGGAAAGAAAACAAAUAAAAAAAAAAAAACAAAAAAAAAACAAAAAAAAAGAAAGAGAUAAGAUGGCUUUUCGUUCCUCGAUUGGUAAUACUAGAUGCGAUUCUAUGGAAUGUCGGAGAAACGCUCGUGUAGAUAGGAUGUUUUCAUGUGUAGACACGUAGAAACAUAGACGAAUUAGAUUUAGAUCGCGAAUGAGUGUGUGGGAGGUGAGUGUGUAUAUGUAAAUGUAUAUGUGUAUGUGUAUGCGAAAGAGAGAGAGAGAGAGAGAGAGAGAAAAAGAAAGAGAGAAUGUAUUAUGUGAGCAUGUAUGUGUAUGUAUGUAUGUAAUAAGAAAGAAAGAGAGAGAGAAUGCAAUGUUGAAAUCGAAUCGGACGAAUGUGAUGUACUUUAAGUAUAUGUGUGUGUGUGUGUGUGUGUGUGUGCGCGCGCGCGCGUGUGUGUGUUAUGUUUGUCUCUCUCCGAAGCGUAUCCGCGAGAGUGGGCGUGAUUUUUAAAAAUGGUGGAAAGGCGAUGAUAACGAUGACGACGAUGAUGACGACGAUGACAAUGAUAGAUGCAAGGGCGGCGAGGAUGUCUGGCACUAGCGUAGACCGCGUUAGGUUAGGUAGAUAAGCGACCCCUCUCACGCAGCAAGAAAAGUACAUACACACGAUAUACAUACAUACAUAGAAGAGAGCUCAAAGGUCAGGAAACAAGCGGCUGCUACGUAUAUACGAUGGCUACGACGACGGUCAGGUGAAGAGGAAUGGAAGAAAAGGAACUCAAAAGAAAAAAAAAUAAAGAGAAAAGAGAGAGAGAGAGAGAGAGAGAGCAAGAGAGAGAGAGAGAGAGAGAGAGAGAGAGAGAAUGAAAAUGGAACAAGAAGAAGAUGCAACAACAACAAAAAAAAACAAAGAAAGAAAGAAAGGAGUAAAGAAAAGGAAUGCGAGAGAAAGAGGGGGCGCUGUUGUUGUUCUUGUUGUCGUGCGCUUGUAUUAAAGUCGCCAUGUUCUAAUUAAACGUGCCGACGGGGUUGUAUCAGUCGUCGGCAAAAUCAA